AAAGGAAUGUGAAUCAGGAAGUGCGGGGAGUUAACAUGGCUUCGAAAGUCCAGGUCGAGAGUUUAACCGAGGAGGCAAUUUGUCCCAUCUGCCUGGAUUUCUUCACCGAUCCGGUUAUACUGGAGUGUGGACACAACUUCUGCCGCUCCUGUAUCACACGCUGUUGGGAAAGGGAGGAGAGAAACUCCUGCCCGGAAUGUAGAGAGGAGUUUGCGGACCGCACCCUCAGGGUAAAUCGGGCCUUAGCAAAUCUGUCUGAGAAAGCUCGAAAAGUAAACCUGAAUCCGAUAAAGAGGGAAAGUAAACUUCACUGCGAGGAACAUCAGGAAGAACUGAAGCUCUUUUGUGAAACGGACAAGAAACUGAUCUGUGUGAUUUGUGCCGGUGCGCGGGAACACAGAGAUCACCGCUUCCUACCGACUAAAGAAGCUGUUGAAAUUUGCAAGGAUCAGAUUAAAUCUUCCAUAGAAUCUCUCACAAAAAUGAAAUCAGACUUCCAGGAAAUGGAGCGACAACAGAAAGAGAAGAUCUCCGGAGUUCGGGAACAAUCACACAGCCUUCAGUCCCACAUCACAUCCCAAUUUGCUGAACUGCACCAGAUUCUCACUGAGAAGGAGCAGCGCUUACUCAGAGAUCUCAGGGAAGAAGAGGAGAAGAUUCUAAAUCCAAUGGAGAAAAAUUUUCAAGAGAUUCAAGAGAAUUUAAAUUCUAUUCAGGAGAAACUCUCAAAAUUACAGGAACAGAUGGAUCAAGAAGACAGCUUGAUAUUUCUCAAGGAGGAAGCUCGUUGGAAUGAGAGUAUUAGUGAUGAUGAUCACACGUUCUCAGUGACUGAUGGUGCCCUCCCGGUUGAAAAAUUCGAUCACCCCUUUUUGUUGAAUCCAGCGUUGAGGGAAAUGUUUGAUGUACUUAAGCGAGUCUCUGUGACCCUGGAUGUGGAAACGGCGCAUCCGCAGCUCGAGUUGUCUGAGGAUCGGAGGAGUGUGAGAUGUACCAGGGCACUGAUACAGAGGAGUCUCCCUGACACCGGGAAGAGGUUCACAGACUGGGAAUGUGUGCUGGGAUCGGAGGGAUUCACAUCGGGGAGACAUUACUGGGAGGUGGAGGUGGCGGGGAAUCGGGGCUGGUAUCUGGGAGUCGCCGCAGAGUCUGUGGAGAGGAAGAGAGGGGUUGAACUGAUCCCGGUGAACGGAUUCUGGACCAUUGGGCGGGUUGUUGACGAGUUUUAUGUGAACACCUCCCCUGAAACCCGUCUCCCUGCCGGUCCCAUCCCCGGGAGGGUGGGAGUUUAUCUCAGUUACGGGUCCGGCACAAUUUCAUUUUACAGCGCGGACACCAAGUCCCAUCUCCACACCUUCACGGCGAAUAAAUUCACGGAGAAACUUUAUCCUUUCUUCUGGACUGGGGAUGGAAACCGGUGCCUGAGGAUUUGUUCUGGUUCCGCUCCGGGUCUGUAACCGGGUCGGGUCCCGGGACCGGCGUCAGGAGGAAGUCAGUGUAAAUAUAAAUGUGGGGAGAGUGAAAUAAACACGA